AUGGCGGAGCUGACGGCUCUGGAGAGUCUCAUCGAGAUGGGCUUCCCCAGGGGACGCGCGGAGAAGGCUCUGGCCCUCACAGGGAACCAGGGCAUCGAGGCCGCGAUGGACUGGCUGAUGGAGCACGAAGACGACCCCGAUGUGGACGAGCCGCUGGCGACCCCCGUCGGACAUGUCCUGGGACAGGAACCCACCUCCUCCGAGCAGGGUGGCCCCGAAGGACCUGGCGCCCCCGCGGAAGAAGGCAAACUCGUUUUGAGUGAAGAGGAAAGACAGGAGCAGACUAAGAGGAUGUUGGAGCUGGUGGCCCAGAAACAGCGGGAGCGGGAAGAAAGGGAAGAGCGGGAGGCGUUGGAACGCGAACGGCAGCGCCGGAGACAAGGGCAAGAGUUGUCAGCGGCCCGGCAGCGGCUCCAGGAAGAUGAGAUGCGCCGGGCCGCGGAGGAGCGCAGGAGGGAAAAGGCCGAAGAGUUGGCAGCCAGGCAGAGAGUCCGAGAAAAGAUUGAAAGAGACAAAGCAGAGAGAGCCAAGAAGUACGGUGGCAGUGUGAGUUCCCAGCCAUCCACACCCGCCCAGCCAGGCUCUGUUCCCUCCUCUCCCAGCCAGGAGCCUCCCAGCAAGCGGGAAUAUGACCAGUGCCGCAUACAGGUCCGGCUGCCCGACGGGACCUCGCUGACCCAGACGUUCCGGGCGCGGGAGCAGCUGGCAGCCGUCCGGCUUUACGUGGAGCUGCACCGCGGCGAGGAGCCCGGCGGGGACCAGGACCCCGUGCAGCUGCUCAGUGGCUUCCCCCGGCGGGCCUUCUCAGAGGCCGACAUGGAGCGGCCUCUGCAGGACCUGGGUCUCGUGCCUUCUGCUGUCCUCAUUGUGGCCAAGAAAUGUCCCAGCUGA